UUCUUUUUUCUGUUCCCUUUCAUUCAUUUCCCCUGCGUUCGUCUCCGCCUCUCUUUCUCUCUCCCAUCUCUCUCUCUCUCUCUCUCUCUCUCUCUCGAAUCCAUUCCCUAGCCUUUCGCCCUAGGGUUUCGCUUCCUUGCUGCGCCGCAAUCGGCCUUCCCUGCGGCCAUUCCGCGGAGUUGGAUACCGAGGAUGAAUAGCCGCUGGGACUUCCUAGAAUGGCUGGGGCCGGAUGCCUCCGCCUCCGUGCUCAUCCGCCUCGACGAUCCUGAGGACCUCGCGCGGGUCAGCGCCGUGUCCUGGUCCUGGCGCAAGUUCGUUGUUGCAAAUGGUUUUGGCAAAACGCUAUGCUUAAGAAUUUCUCCUGACGUGCCAAAUUUUUCUCGGAUUGCUGAAGUAAGGAAUGUUAACAAGACUGCAGAAGUUGGUUGUAGUGCUGCUGCGGAAUGGGAAAGUUUGGAGAGAGAGCAUCGUGUCUAUCUAUACCUAAGUCAUUGUCUGGGUUCUUCUAAAUGUGAAAGGAAUUGCAUUUAUCAGGCAAUAAAUGCUUCCAGCACUGACAACUAUCCAGAUGAGAGCAUUGAGAAUACACUAGAACCUAGUGAAAUAAUGGACCGCAGGCCUUCUUAUUGGUCGAGUAGCGGGCAGAGAGAUCCUAGUAUGCCGGAGAAUUUAACUUACAAAUUAGUUGCAAACCUCUGUAUUGUUGAUGAGAUAAAGAUAAAGCCAUUCAGAGCAUUUUUUCAGUUUGGUCAUCCCAUAUACUCUGCAAAAGCUGUGCGUUUCCGGAUGGGGUGUUCCAGAUCAGGCUUGGGUAUAAGUAGUAGCACUGAUCAGCAAUCAACUCUGGUUGAAAACUACCACUGGACAUAUACUUCACCAGAAUUUCCAAUGGUCCAGGAAAAUAUUUUGCAAUCUUUCAAGCUUCCUAAGCCCGUUAUCUGCCUUGGUGGUAUUCUGCGGAUUGAGUUGCUGGGUAGGGUCCAGAAACAAGCAAUUGAUGAUCUCUAUUAUAUUUGUGUCUGCAACGUCCAAGUUCUUGGUCGUCCAUUAUCACCUGUAUUAGACCUCAAUGUUCACGAGAGCGCAGAUAGUUUAGCUGUGACCUACUUCCCAGAUGCAAGAAACCAGACUUUGCCUGUGAGUACAGCAGAGGAGAAUGCUAGGGACUCAUCUUCAUGGAAAUCCUUUGCUACAAGAUUCAGACACUUGGGAGCUAUCCGGUGGGACCACGUAAUACUGAGUACGCUGCUCGGACCCAUUCAGUUUUCUGAUGAUGAUGGUGAUGCUGACAGCGACAACGAUGAUGACUAUGGCGAUCUGGAAGAGGAACAGGACCUCUGUCGCGCUUGAAGUAGAAUCGUGAUGUCUGCUGAUUCACUAUAUAGAUAUCAUAUGCUUAAUUUUCUCAAGUUUUCUUGUGGUAGCUAUGCAUACAUAUGGUGGUCAUAAUCUUGCUGCAAAGUCUAUAAUUAAACAAGAUGUGCUAUUUGAAUCCCUUUGCCUUGCUGUUUGCAUCCUUUCAAUGAGAAAUGAUGUUGAUAUUUUCGGAGCUUCAAA